AUGACUGCAGCCUAUAAAGAGACUGGCCGCCCUGCCAGUGCAGAUGAAAACAUCGUCAAAGAAGAUAUUGCUCAUCUAGAGGUUGAGGAGAACAACAAGGAUGUCGACAAUGUGAUCGAGAAGCCUGAAAGUAUUCGGGACUUGAGCCCCGAAGAACUUCAGCAAUUGGAGACCAGAAUGGUUCGCAAAAUUGACAUGGUUAUUAUGCCGAUUAUGGGUGUCCUUUAUAUUCUCAACUAUGUGGAUCGAUCUGCGCUCGCAGCUGCCAAAGUUUACGGUAUCAUGGACGAUCUGCACAUGAGCACCAACGACUUUGCGACUGCUAUUUCCAUUCUUUUCGCCGGUUAUAUUCCGUUUCAGAUUCCUUCGAACCUGCUUAUGACCAGAAUUACUCGCCCCGGCCUAUAUAUUUGCAGCGCAGCCGCCAUCUGGGGUUGCGUAAGUGCCUGUACAGCCGCCGUCAAAUCCUACCAUGGCCUCCUGGCAGUUCGUGUCAUGCUGGGUGUAACCGAAGCCGUGUUUUUCCCUGGGGUUAUUUAUUUUAUGAGUGCUUGGUACACCAAGAGCGAACUGGGUAAACGUCUUGGAGCUUUGUUCAUGUUUCAGAUGAUUGGUAGUGCUUUUGGUGGGUUUAUUGCUGCUGCGUGUUUGACACUUGAUGGUCGUUAUGGUAUUGCUGGUUGGAGAUGGCUCUUUAUUGUGGAGGGCACCACGACAAUUGGUUGCGGUCUCAUCUCCGCCAUGCUCAUGCCGGAAUACCCACAUAACGCACGCCUUCUCAAGCCCAUCGAACGCGACUAUGCAGUGUGGCGUAUCGAGAUGGAAGCCGGUGCCGGUGAAGCCCACGAAGAAACUACUGCUCUCAAAGGAUUCAAACUCGCAAUCAUGGACCCCAAGGUCUGGGCUUUGGUUUGGUGCAUGGGCAUGAGUCAGGCUAUGGGUUCAACUGUCAACUUCUUUCCCACCAUUGUCGGAUCAUUGGGAUUCAGCAAGAAUAUUACUUUGUUGCUCACUGCUCCUCCUUACAUCCUUGCAACAAUUGUGUUCUACAUCAUCAGUUAUAUCAGUGAUCGCACAAAUAUGAUUCUACCCGUCCAUCUCUUCAGUCUCGCCAUCGCAGUAGUCGCCUACGUCAUUUCGAUAUGUACUCUCAAACUCGGCGGUCGAUACUUCGCCAUGAUGUUGAUGCCUUGUGUCGUUGCCGGCCCCCAGAUCUUUCUGUACAAGACACUGAACAUCCAUAUGGCUCGACCUUAUCCCAAGCGCGCCGCUGGUGUAGCCAUGAUCAAUGCCAUUGGUGGACUGUCGAAUGUGUGGACGAGUUAUCUAUACUUUAGCUCGCCGCAUUAUUAUGCUGCGUUUGGAACUUUGAUCGGCUGCGCAACCGCAUUCUUUAUCGUCAUCGUUGGUUACACAAUCCACGUCCGACGCUUAAAUAAGCUUCUGGCUGGUACUCCUGAAGAGCAACGCCGUGCCAUGAAGAGUGGCGUCACCCAGCAACAAGUCGAUUUGGGAUGGCGCUAUUUGGGGUAUUAG